AUGGAGCAGCGCCAGUUGUUAGCACUGGCAAGAUUAACGAGAAUUAAAACCAAAUUAUAUACGCCACCCCCGGUCCCAAACGUUACUGUUGCGAGAACAUUAUUCAAACGAGCCUGCAAAGUGUUGUCGUCGGGGAAAAAAAUGUCAGAAAAAUAUCUGGCUGCCGCUGACGCACAUGCUGCCAGCAAUUAUGCAGAAGAUGCCGACUAUUCGCUGGAGCUACAACGGGAAGACUUAGCCAGUAAAACACCAAUUGCCUCAUAUCAAGCGGUGUUUAAGCGUAAGGCGCAAUUCAAAAAGGUGUCUGAAGUGCUCGAGCUUUGCGGCACAGAAUUGCCCGCCUCCCUCCUCCCCGUUCGCUGCUGGUACGAACCACAGAUUGCUGCGAGUGAGGCAUUGACUUUUUUGAAAGAUUCGUUAGAAGGAGCCGAGAUAAUUCGUUAG